AUGACGAUAUCUGAUUUCGAUGGUGCUUCAUACCGUCUAUCAACCCCGGAUUCAAAGACAACAUUGGUCUUGUCAAUGGCAUGGAAGUGUUAUUCGGAAUUAGCGGCCUAUGGUGCAAACGAUAUCAUUCAACGCGAAUAUGGCUCCUAUGUCACUCAGCCUGAAUCUGGUUAUGAUGUGUCCCUCAGGUUUGACUUGACGAGAUUGGGAAGUGAUAAGGAUACCCUCGUCAAGAAAGCAGCUCUCCUAAAGAGAAACGCCCUUGCUGCCCCAUUCGAACAAGCCUUCGCUUCACAACAGGCUGGCAAACAAUCGAGUCUUAUGGUAGUCCAUUACCGUGAAUCUGAAGCCAUCUAUGUACAAGCUCAACCAGAUCGUGUCACAGUCAUCUUCUCGACGCUGUUUCAAGAAGAGACGGACCGUAUAUUUGGUAAAGUCUUUUUACAGGAAUUUGUAGAUGCUAGACGACAACCUGCUAUUCAAUCUGCUCCACAAGUCUUGUAUACGUAUCGUGAACCACCUAUGGAGUUGAGAGGUGUGAGGGGCUUAGUGGAUUCCGAUUCGAUGGGUUAUGUUACCUUUGUACUCUUCCCACGACACUUUGCUACUCCAGAAGCCCGUGAAAAGUGUGUGUCUUUAAUUGAGCUCUUCCGUGAUUACUUGCACUAUCACAUCAAGGCUUCAAAGGCCUAUAUGCAUUCGCGUAUGAGAGCACGAGUAGACUCCUUCCUCAAGGUUCUAAACCGUGCCAAACCAGAAGCACCCAAAGAUCGUGAUAUGAAGACGGCCAGUGGAAAGUCAUUCAAGAGACAGUAG